UUUCUCGUAGAGCAGGAGAGAAAGCAAAGUAAAUCUCUUAUAUUCACCAGUUUCAAUGAUCUGCAUUUUCUCGGGAAACAAACAGAGGGAGCAAGAAAACAUUUAAGAAACCAAAAAAGACUCUGGCCGUCACUAGAGAUCGAUGGAGAACGAACUCGUCAUGACGAUGGCGAUGAGGAAGUCUUUGCUUAGCCACAAAGACGGCAACGAUGACGUCACCGCCGCCUUGUUGUUCACCACCUCUUCCGCCGUCUUCGCCUCCUUUAGCCUUGGCUGCGCCGCGAGCUACUCAUCGGCAGCAAAGGAUGGGAUCCACGAAGACUUGGGACUCUCUCUUGCAGAGUAUUCGGUUUUUGGUUCGCUUUUAACACUUGGAGCAACGAUCGGUGCUUUAUUUAGCGGAAAAGUGACAGAUUUCCUCGGUCGGAAGCCGACAUUGUGGUUCUCCCAAUUAUUCUUCAUCAUUGGUUGGCUUGCAGUAGCAUCUGCUAAGGCUGUUUGGAUAUUGGAUUUGGAUAGACUCUGCUCGGGCAUUGCCAUUGGAUUACUCAGUUUCGCGAUUCCUGUUUACGUUGCUGAAAUAACACCCAAAAACAUUCGAGGAGGAUGUAUAUUCGCUAAUCAGUUAUUCCAAAAUUGUGGGAUGGCUGUUGUAUAUUUAAUCGGAAAUUCCGUACAUUGGAGAACUUUGGCAUUAAUAAGUGUCGUUCCUUGUUUUGUUCAAGUUUUGGCUAUGUUCUUUAUUCCAGAAUCUCCACGAUGGUUGGUGGGAAUCGGGUUAAUGCUUCUUCAACAAUUAAGUGGGAGUUCCGGUAUUGGCUAUUAUGCAAGCUCCAUCUUCCAAAUAUCUGAAAUUCCGGUUGGUCUCGGAUCGACGGCAAUUGCUAUUUUGAUGAUACCAAAAGCAUUUUUGGGUCUAUUUCUCGUGGAUUACUGGGGACGAAGGCCUCUUCUUAUGGUAUCCGGAAUAGGAUUGUUCCUGAAUUGUUUGCUUCUUGCAAUUUCCUUUACAUUGCAGGCAUUCCACUUAUUGAAGGGAAUCACUCCCAUUAUGGCACUCGUCGGUGUUGUGGGAUUUAUUGCAACAUUUGCAUUGGGAUUUGGAGGACUACCGUGGAUCAUAAUGUCAGAGAUAUUUCCGAUGAACAUCAAAGAUACAGCAGGAAGUGUUGCCACCUUUGCGAAUUGGUCAACCAGUUGGGUCAUCACUUACACUUUUAAUUUCCUCUUAGAGUGGAGCCCUGCGGGAACAUUCUAUAUAUUCGCGGGCAUAUGUGGAGCAAGCGUCUUGUUCGUAUGGCAUCUGGUCCCGGAAACCAAAGGGAAAACCCUAGAAGAAAUACAAGCCUCUUCCAUUUUCUCAACCAAAUGUCGUCACAGUCUGCCACUCCUUUGACAAAAUCACUCCAUGUUGUUGGAUUUGUUUUUUUAUAAGAGUUACUGAUAAUGAAUCCUUUUGUGAUGUGUUUUAUUCA